UCAAAACCUAUGGUGUGGUGCAUGUCAAUAUAUAAAACUAAAAUGUAAAUCAUAUUUUUGAAUUAAUAGUUGUAACACAUUACAUGGUAUCGUACAGUAUCACAAGUACGAUUCAAGUAUAACCCAUUGACAAACAGUCUUGCUGUUCACUUCCUUGGUUAUUUAUGAUGUCUGUUUCAUGUAAGUUACUCCUAGCCAUUUACUUGAUCAGCUAUAACCAGUUAAUACACAAAGGAGAAAAAAGAACGCCCAGACUGAAUUAGAUGCUACUGUUGCUUUCCUUUCUUUUUCACACCCCACCCAUCAUUGUGUAUUACAGAUUCUCGACUCAGUGCUCUCAUGGUCAUGCGCGAAUAUGGGUAAUGGGAUUCCAGUGGGCGGUAGAAAUAGCCCUACUUUGCUUAGAGACCUUGAUCCCCCGUGCUGUGUGCAUUGCUCCAGGACCAAGUAACGAGACGUCUUUUAAAAAAAGGACUCUCUGGUUUUCUUCCCUUCCUGGCUCUGGGAAACAUUAUGAGUAAAUUGAAAAAGUUCGCAUCGAUUCCAGGGAACAGCAAAAUGGAUACAGGUUAUUGCGGGUUAAUAAACCAAGGUGCUACCUGUUACCUGAACACAGUGCUGCAGACUUUCUUCAUGACCCCCGAGUUCAGAGACGCUGUACACAAGUACAGAGAGCCUGAUAAAGACAAGGAGAAAAAUCUUUUGUUCCACCUAAAGAAGAUGUUUCAGAAUCUAGAGGAUAAAAAAUGUAAAGUUGAAACAACUGGGGUGACAAGAAGCCUGGGGAUGAUGGAUAGCGAUGUUUGGGUACAACAAGAUGUAGCAGAAUUUUUCAGAAAAAUCCUUAACGAAGUCAGCAAUGAGUCUCCAGUCUCUGAGAAUUACCAGAGUACUGUAAUCAAUUCCACAAAGUGUCUGAAGUGUGAAACGGAAGCCUCAGAUAACAAUAGAUAUCUGGAUAUUUCAUUGCCUCUGAACACCUCUGAUCAUUCUACAUGCAUCACGUACAGUCUGGAGAAUGGUCUCCGAGACUUUUUGAAAAGCGAGCUUUUGGAAGGAGAUAAUCAGAGCUAUUGUGACAAAUGUAAGAUGAAAACGGACACUGAAACUAGAUACUAUUUUCAGAGCUUGCCACGAAUAUUGACACUGCACCUGAAGAGGUUUCAGUUUGACUAUUAUCACAUGAGAUUCAUGAAGAUCCAGGGUCCUGUGGAGAUUCCACUGGAAUUACAAUUUCAGAAGGCACCAACUGCAAAUACUGAAUGGUGUUUCAGCGCUACAAUACAACAGAGUACACCUCAAGAAAAGUUGUAUGAAUCCAAUAAAAUAAAGAAAGAAAUGGCACCAGCUGACAUCCAGAAAUACAUGUUAAAGAUGAAGCGGUCACAACAAGUAGGUCACAACAACAGCGUGACUCCCCUAAAGAAACAUGGCAAGAAAUCUUGUAGUACAGCUAUCGAUAUCAGGAAGAAAGAUUGUCUCAGAUAUGAGCUGUUUGCAAUAUGCGACCAUUCAGGAGGGUACAGAGGUGGGCAUUACACUGCUCGAAUCAAAUCAUUUGAGAAUGGCAAGUGGUACACUUUCAACGAUUCAUUUGUUGAUGAGUACCUCAUGGAACAAGCCACAGGCUUUAGACAAAGUGUGACGGAAGGAAAGGUGCCCUGUAUAAGCUCCUCAACAGCCUCCCUGCUUAUGUACAGAAUGAGUGAAACCAGUAAACCAGUCGAUGAAUGGGAACCAGAGGGAUCCAAGCAGCACAGAAACCCUGAAUGGGAACCAGAGGGAUCCAAGCAGUACAGAAACCCUGAAUGGAAACCAGAGGGAUCCAAGCAGCAGAGAAACCCUGAAUGGGAACCAGAGGGUCCCAAGCAGCACAGAAACCCUGAAUGGAAACCAGAGGGAUCCAAGCAGCAGAGAAACCCUGAAUGGGAACCAGAGGGACUCAAGCAGCACAGAAACCCUGAAUGGAAACCAGAGGGAUCCAAACAGCACAGAGACCCUGAAUGGAAACCAGAGGGAUCCAAGCAGCACAGAAACCCUGAAUGGGAACCAGAGGGAUCCAAGCAGCACAGAAACCCUGAAUGGAAACCAGAGGGAUCCAAACAGCACAGAAACCCUGAAUGGGAACCAGAGGGAUCCAAGCAGCACAGAAACCCUGAAUGGAAACCAGAGGGAUCCAAGCAGCACAGAAACCCUGAAUGGAAACCAGAGGGAUCCAAGCAGUACAGAAACCCUGAAUGGAAAUCAGAGGGAUCCAAGCAGCACAGAAACCCUGAAUGGAAACCAGAGGGACCCAAGCAGCACAGAAACCCUGAUUGGAAACCAGAGGGAUCCAAGCAGCACAGAAACCCUGAUUGGAAACCAGAGGGAUCCAAGCAGUACAGAAACCCUGAAUGGAAAUCAGAGGGAUCCAAGCAGCACAGAAACCCUGAAUGGAAACCAGAGGGAUCCAAGCAGCAGAGAAACCCUGAAUGGGAACCAGAGGGAUCCAAACAGCACAGAAACCCUGAAUGGAAACCAGAGGGACCCAAGCAGCACAGAAACCCUGAAUGGAAACCAGAGGGACCCAAGCAGCACAGAAACCCUGAAUGGAAACCAGAGGGACCCAAGCAGCACAGAAACCCUGAAUGGAAACCAGAGGGACCCAAGCAGCACAGAAACCCUGAAUGGAAACCAGAGGGAUCCAAGCAGUACAGAAACCCUGAAUGGAAAACAGAGGGAUCCAAACAGCACAGAAACCCUGAAUGGAAACCAGAGGGACCCAAGCAGCACAGAAACCCUGAAUGGGAACCAGAGGGAUCCAAGCAGCAGAGAAACCCUGAAUGGAAACCAGAGGGAUCCAAACAGCACAGAAACCCUGAAUGGAAACCAGAGGGAUCCAAGCAGCAGAGAAACCCUGAAUGGGAACCAGAGGGACCCAAGUAGCACAGAAACCCUGAAUGGGAACCAGAGGGAUCCAAGCAGCACAGAAACCCUGAAUGGAAACCAGAGGGAUCCAAGCAGCACAGAAACCCUGAAUGGAAAUCAGAGGGAUCCAAGCAGCACAGAAGCCCUGAAUGGAAAUCAGAGGGAUCCAAGCAGCACAGAAGCCCUGAAUGGAAACCAGAGGGAUCCAAGCAGCACAGAAACCCUGAAUGGAAACCAGAGGGACCCAAGCAGCACAGAAACCCUGAAUGGAAACCAGAGGGAUCCAAGCAGCACAUAACCCAGAGGGAUCCAAGCAGCACAGAAACCCUGAAUGGGAACCAGAGGGAUCCAAGCAGCACAGAAACCCUGAAGAAGGCUUUCCAGAUGAGGUACUGUUCAACUAGCUGGCAGUUUUUAUAGGCCCGGAUAUCCUGCUGAUGGAGUGGAGACUGAAUUCAUGCUGUGCAUUGAAGUCCUCUGUAACAGUUGCAUUAUGUUAACACUUCUGUUUAAUAAACAGCUGACUGGUUUAUUGACUCGGCUGGUGUAAGUUACAUCUCGUUUUAUGUCUGUAGUCUUUAUGACAGUUCUACAUAUCAGUACACCCGUAGGUGACUGCGCACUGAAAUCUUUUUUCUCUUACAAAUUGAAACAAAAACUAUUUACACAUUAAUUUAAAAGCGUGGAGAAUCACCCCCUUGUGUGUUUAUGGAUGGCUUAGCAUUUAUUGCUCACCGUUUUCUGUGAGAAGAAGCUUCCAUCUUCAGCUGUGCUGUGAUUGGCUAAAUGAUAGAGAAACAUUCUGACUGCCAUCAUUAAUCUUCAGCCAUUAAAUUUCCCUCCAAUGAUUGUGUAAGUUAUAAGAGUUUGCUUUUAUGUAGCUUUAAAUUCAGCUUCAUAUUAUAGCUGGAGCAAAUAAUAAUAAUACAAUCUACACUCUAAAUCCCACAGUACAUUUGAGGUUCAUAAGAGGUCAGGGUUAUCCAUGCAAGCAUUCCUCCAAUUCGGUCCUUGCCCAGUUGCCAAUGUUGUCUUGACAGCGAGAAGAGGCUGCUGCUGGUCUUCAGUCCUCAUCAUGGGUAAUUGGGCAGCAGAGUUCUGGCAACGAUCGCUGCAGGGCUGGCUGGUGGACUUACUGGGGGAUGCAGCUGCAUGUUAUGGCUGGCCCAGCAGCCAGAAAAACCAUCUACAUGUAAAUAAUUGCCGCCAGAGACUGUGGAACUGUUUGCCACUGUUUGUUCUCUUUCUGUAAAUAGUUACAUUGUGCUUGUUGUCCCUCGUUUUGUAUGCGUCUGAGUGUCAUGUGAAAGUUUGGUGGCUGUUGGUGCUGUGUAGUGAGUGGACUGCGCCCCCUCAACCCACUGUGUCAAGCCUUUUCUCUCUCCUGUGUUGCCUUAUAAAGAGUAAAAUUUCAUGAGAAACUGUUCCUUGGCUUCUUAUUAACCUGACAGGAUCAGAGGUGGGAUGUCCCGGCCAUUCUGGGGAAGAAAACGGCCCUUGCUCUGGGCGACAAAGGAGGGGAGGCGGUUCUGUGACUGCGGGAGGCCCUCUACAAAGUACCAGUCUUGGCCUUACCCUGUGGGGAUCAGGACAGAGAGAAGGUGGUGGCAUACUAUCAUCGAGCUCACAGCAAGGCCAAGAGGAACUACUGCUGGCUGUAGUCACAGGUGU